CGGGAAGCGCCCCUUCGCAGCACUCGUAGCGAGCAGGGCAGGCCCCGCCCCUCCGCCGUCCUUAUAUAAGUGGGCCCCUUGCGGCGCUGCUUGACUUCGUUCGGCUCUGUGGCAGGACGGAGGCAAGAUGGCGUCCACCAGCCGCUUGGAUGUACUUCCAAGAGUGACUUGCCCGAAUCAUCCAGAUUCCAUUUUAGUAGAGGAUUACAGAGCAGGUGAUAUGAUCUGUUCCGAGUGUGGGCUAGUAGUAGGUGACCGGGUCAUAGAUGUAGGAUCGGAGUGGAGAACUUUCAGCAAUGACAAAGCCACAAAAGAUCCGUCUCGAGUUGGGGAUACCCAGAAUCCGUUGUUGAGUGAUGGCGACUUGAGUACAAUGAUUGGCAAGGGCACAGGUGCAGCAAGUUUUGAUGAAUUUGGGAAUUCCAAGUACCAGAAUCGCAGAACUAUGAGCAGCUCUGAUCGUGCAAUGAUGAAUGCUUUUAAAGAGAUCACCAACAUGGCAGACAGAAUCAACCUCCCUAGAAAUAUAGUUGACCGAACAAAUAAUUUAUUCAAGCAAGUGUAUGAGCAAAAGAGCCUGAAGGGAAGGAGUAAUGAUGCUAUUGCUUCGGCUUGUCUCUACAUAGCCUGUAGGCAAGAAGGUGUUCCAAGAACAUUUAAAGAAAUCUGUGCAGUGUCCAGGAUUUCAAAGAAGGAAAUAGGCCGGUGCUUUAAACUGAUUUUGAAGGCUCUUGAAACCAGUGUUGAUCUCAUUACAACUGGAGACUUCAUGUCAAGAUUCUGUUCCAAUCUGGGUCUCCCCAAACAAGUACAAAUGGCAGCAACACAUAUUGCCCGUAAAGCUGUGGAAUUAGAUUUGGUUCCUGGGAGAAGCCCUAUCUCUGUAGCAGCUGCAGCUAUUUACAUGGCAUCACAAGCUUCUGCAGAGAAAAGGACACAAAAAGAAAUUGGUGAUAUUGCUGGUGUGGCUGAUGUUACAAUCAGACAAUCCUACAGGCUGAUCUACCCUCGAGCUCCAGAUCUCUUCCCAGCAGACUUCAAGUUUGAUACCCCAGUAGACAAACUACCACAGCUGUGAAAUUGUAGAGAUACUUUCAAUUUCUAUUAAACCCCCCCUUAUUUCCCCCAAACCAAGAAACUUCUGAUUUUUUGCCUAUAAUAAAGGAUGUACAAAGUGUUAAUAUUGAGUCUUCAUGUUGUGGAACUGGAAGGAUAUGGAGAUGGAGCACAACUGCUGGGACGCAGCACACAUUCCAAGGGUAAACAAACUUGUUGUGUGGCAUUUUGUAUGUAUAUAUUAGUGGAAUGAAAUAUUUAAUGACUGUCACAACAAACUUAAUUUCAUAUUGUUGUACUGAUUUAGAUUUCUUUUGUAGGCAUCUAGUAAGAUGUAUUUUGGAAAACUGAAAAUAAGAUGUAAUUCCCAAAUAAACCAUUUUCCAAAAACA